GGCUAGCGGCUUGCGUUGAGAGGCGGGGGGAGCGCGGCCAAGGGGCGGCGGCGGCGGCGGCGGCGGGGCUGUGAGGGGAGCGGCGGAGCCGGCGCCGAUCCGGAGCGGAACCGGAGCGAGGAAGAUACUGACUGUCUAGAAAUUAGGAAAGCGUGUAAGAAGUCCAGUUGAUCAAGGUGGAUUUUUUUUCCCAAGAGUCUUUUCACAAUUGCCUUUUGCAAGACAUUUGGACGCUCCCCAUUGUGCCAUGUUUUGUGGCUCUUACUGUAAGAAGAAUUUGUCUUGAUGAAGAUUCCUAACAUUGGUAAUGUGAUGAAUAAAUUUGAGAUCCUUGGGGUUGUAGGUGAAGGAGCCUAUGGCGUUGUACUUAAAUGCAGACACAAGGAGACACAUGAAAUUGUGGCAAUCAAGAAAUUCAAAGACAGUGAAGAAAAUGAAGAAGUCAAAGAAACCACUUUACGAGAGCUUAAAAUGCUUCGCACUUUGAAACAGGAGAACAUAGUGGAGCUGAAAGAAGCCUUCAGAAGAAGAGGAAAAUUAUACCUAGUAUUUGAAUAUGUGGAAAAAAAUAUGCUUGAAUUGCUAGAAGAAAUGCCAAAUGGAGUUCCACCAGAAAAAGUGAAAAGCUAUAUCUACCAGCUAAUUAAAGCAAUUCAUUGGUGUCAUAAGAAUGAUAUUGUUCAUAGAGAUAUCAAACCAGAGAAUCUCUUAAUAAGUCACAAUGAUGUUCUGAAGUUGUGUGACUUUGGCUUUGCUCGUAAUCUAUCUGAAGGAAGCAAUGCUAACUAUACAGAAUACGUGGCUACCAGAUGGUACCGCUCACCUGAACUGUUGCUUGGAGCCCCAUAUGGAAAGGCUGUGGAUAUGUGGUCUGUGGGCUGUAUCCUGGGCGAGCUGAGUGACGGACAGCCCUUGUUCCCUGGGGAAAGCGAGAUUGACCAGCUCUUCACCAUUCAGAAGGUGCUAGGCCCACUGCCAGCCGAGCAGAUGAAGCUCUUCUACAGCAACCCACGCUUCCAUGGCUUGCGGUUUCCUGCAGUCAAUCAUCCGCAGUCUUUAGAGAGAAGAUACUUGGGCAUUUUAAGUGGUGUAUUGCUUGAUCUUAUGAAGAACUUACUGAAGUUAGAUCCAGCAGACAGAUACUUGACAGAACAAUGCUUGAACCAUCCGUCGUUUCAAACACAAAGACUCUUGGAUCGCUGUGGAAGCUCACCGUCACGGUCAGCUAAGAGAAAACCUUACCAUGUAGACAGCAACACGUUAUCUAACAGAAAUCAAGCCAGCAAAAGUUCUGCUUUGCAGUCACACCACAGAUCAAACAGCAAGGACAUACAGACACUAGGGAUUGGCGGCCCAAGAGAAGAGGGUCUUCCAGCAAAUGAAAGCUUUUUAAAUGGCAACCUUUCUGGAGCUGCACACAGCCCAAUGCAUACAAAGAAAUCGAGCAACCAGCCUGGAUCGGGUAACAAAGACCUAGCCAAUAACAACAUGCCACAUCUUCUUAGCCCAAAGGAAACAAAGGCCAAAACAGAAUUUGACUUUAACGUGGACCCCAAAAGUUCUGAUGGUCCAGGCACAAAGUACCUGAAGUCGAACACCAGAUCUCAGCAGAACCGGCACUCGUUUAUGGAAACUUCUCAAAGCAAAACCGGGACGCUGCAGCCCGGUGAUAAGCAUAGUCGCCACAGCUACAUUGAUACUAUUCCACAGUCUUCUAAGAGUCCUUCGUAUCGGACAAAGUCAAAGAGCCACGGGGUUCUGACAGACUCGAAAUCCGUGGGCAACCUGUCUGAGGCCAGGGCUCAGGCUGCAGAACCGAACAGCAGUCGCUAUUUUCCAUCCAGCUGCAUGGACUUGAACUCCCCCACCAGUCCGACCGCUCCCCGACACGGUGAUAACAGAACUUUGCUCAGCCCAUCCGCCAGGAAUAACCGCAGCGAGGGUACCCUGGACACCCGAAGACCGUCGACCAGGCACUCCAAAACAAUGGAGGAGUUAAAACUGCCAGAUCAUAUGGAUGGAAGCCAUUCCCACUCGCUCUCUGCUCCGCAUGAAUCUUUUUCCUAUGGUCUAGGUUAUACCAGCCCUUUUUCUUCACAGCAGCGCCCUCAUAGACACUCGAUGUAUGUGAGCCGGGACAGAGUGAGGUCAAAGGGCUCAGAGGGUGGCUUAAACAUAGGGCAAGGGAUGGCAGCCAGAGCAAACAGCCUGCAACUGUUAUCUCCACAGGUGCAGCAUAAGUCACUCACAAGGUCUGUUGGCUCCUCACGAGAAGACUGUACAGAAGAUACUAAUAGGCAGAGUGACCAGAUUCCAUCAGAAACAAAUUUAACAAGACCUCCAGUAAAAGAUUCCUCCAGAGAUGUUACAGCUGCAUUUCAUUCACGGCGAAAAUCUGAGGGUGGAGCGUAUCAUGAUCCACACACAGAAGAUGGAGCAUCUACUAAGGAAAAUAGAAUUCUGUAUAAUGACCCUGUUCCAAGAAGAGUUGGCAGCUUUUACAGAGUUCCAUCUCCACGUCCAGAGAGUACAUACAUAGAAAACAAUGUGUCAAACAGAGCCUCUGUAUUACCAGCAGACAGCAGCACGGUGGCAAACCACUCAAAGAGACAAACCACCUUUGAUACCUGGAAAAGUCCUGAAAAUCUUAACAGUCACUCUGAACAGCUCAAGGAGAAAGAAAAGCAAGGGUUUUUCAGGGCAAUAAAAAAGAAAAAGAAGAAAUCUCAAACUAUGCCUAGCACUGAUGGUCAGGAUCUCUUGGCAUUACAGAAAGCCAUUCAUUCUACUAAUCACCAGAGCAGCAGGCAGAAGGAUUGGCAUCCUGAGAAGAUGACAGAAAUCCAGCCUCAUAGCCAGCCAUUAAAAUCUCUUCGCAAGCUAUUACACCUCUCCUCCUCGAACCACCCUGUCCCUGCUGAGCCUCGCUUCCAGCCCCUGCCAAGCCAGCCGGCCAAAGCCGCUUUCUCCGAGGUGCGAAUCCACCCCAUGAGUCAAAGCUCCAGCAGCGGCAGCAGCAACGCGCGGCAAGAGGCGCCGGCCAAGGGCAGGCCCACGCUGCAGAUCCCGAGCCAGCUGGAGCCCACCUGGCACGUGUCCCCCGUCAACAGGAGCACGAGCGACGGGCCUCCCUACGCCGAGCAGCCGCCCGCCAAGAGCGGGCAGAACGGGCACGCGUACAGCCGAACAAACCGGUCACGGAUGCCAAACCUGAACGACCUGAAAGAGACAGCCUUGUAAUCGCACUCCAGGCAGUAGGCCAGCUCGCACGGAGGUCAGCGUAGGGGAGUGGUGGUGGUUUCUGGUGAUGGUAAGACUGUAUUUUCAGCUUUAUAAAGGUGUGCAAUAUGUACAUGUGGAGCUAUGUUGUUUGGCGCCACAGCGAGAGUCAGGGAUUAUACAGUAAACCAAGUCGAAUUACGAAUUACUAGUCAUCAGAAAUGUCACCGGACGACAGGCAGAGUGUGCCGUCCAGGGAGAAAAAGGUAUUGCCAUUUUCUCUCAUUUACAUUCCAGCUUAGAGCACAUCUCUGUCAGAAAGCUGGGAGACUUCUGGUAUGUAUUGGCACUUAUAAGGGUGAAAACGUUCAUGUCUAGACCUAUGCCCUUACUACAUUUUUUGCUGCCUAGUUAACACAGUGGGGUUUAUGUGAUAAAAGUGUAUCCCCGUUAAGGGUUUAAAGUUAAAUUGUAUGUCUUAAAUUUGUUUUUUAAACUUCCAUAUUUGAUAGGAUUUGUAAUAUUUAUUUAUGAUGACCUAAUAUCGUACUGUUAUAAUCAUAUCUUUUAUGUUAUAAUGUAAAGUUAUUUUGAGCUGUUUGAAACAUUGUGAAGCAGUGCAACAGCUACAGUAGUUUCUAUAAAAAACUAACAGUAACAUUUAUAUAUUGCAUCAGGAGUAUUUUAUUCUAUAUAUAAAUAUAUAUAUAUAAAUGGAAAAUAACUGUCUGUUUUUUAAAUAUACUCAUUUAAAAGAAAAGUAUUGUUAUGACACUAUCUGCCAUAUUUUUAUACAUUUGUGAUAUAAAGUGCAGUAUUAUACUUCUAAUAAAAGGAAGUUGAAUGUGGAUAUAAAUGUGACUGUAACAGUAUGAAUCUUGCUCAGCUAUGAGAGCCCAAUAUUAUAGGAAUUACUGAUAACAAACAAAAGACAACAUUCAAUUCCAAGCUUUAUUAUGGGCUAUUUUGUUGGAAGUAUUGGCUAAAUGUAAGAGACUGCAGAACUGUACAGUAAUCUAAAUGUGAUAUGUUCUCCCCUGUGUCCUUAGAUUUCCUAAUAAUAAUCAUAGGAUUUCUGCAUCUGCAUCGAGAGAUUAGAGCCCCAGAACCAUUUUUUUUUUUUCCUCUAAAGAGAUAAAGUGCCCCAUGACUACAAGCUAAAGCAGGUGCUCUUCCACUUAAUUGUAGGGGUGAAAACCAAAGAAACAUAGCAUGAAUUGCAAGUGAAAUGCCAAACUUUGACACUUAAUGCAUAGCAUGGCACUGCAGAUCAUGGUAUAAGCUUUUAUGCAUAUGUGUAUUUUACAUCUUGUUUUAGCAAUCUAUUAACUAAUAAGAUAAACACUGUAUUUAAAUUAAAAGUACUCUUGCACUUUUUCUUAUAUUUCAGGAUGUAUUUAAAACUACAAAUCUGAUAUUUGGAUAUUGAGGGAGAAGGUUGCCGUGCAGCUUAAUUUCUCCUUAGACCUUACUGUCCCAAUAUUCCCAUACGCAGUUCAGUGACCAGUCUCAGCAAAAUACUAGAUCUUGGGUUCCAGUCUCCUGUACAACAUUGUUAAAACUGCCUUUACGUUGGUGAAUGUCAAGUAUAGCAAAUAUAUAACCUGAUUCCUCUGUUGCUACCAGUAAAAUACAUGGAAGGUGAGUCAGUAGGAGUCAAAAGAGUUAUGCCAGUCUAAACUUUGUGCAAUAAGAGGAGAGUCAGGCCUGUAGUGUCAGAACAAUACGAUCUUUCCUUUUCAAACACGUUCAUUCAGCUCCCUCAUUACGCUGCAGCAUAGUUCAUUUUCUAUUUGGUGUCGUCAGAAGACACUUGUACCUGCAAACAUGUUGUCUGUUCCGAGAAGAGAUUAACCUGAAUGUAAAAUUGAUGACUUAGCCAUAGAUAUAGUUAACAGAAGUAGCCAGACAGUAAGAGCUGAACUUCCUACUUUGAAAACAAUGCAAACUGGACGUGACGUUCGGUACCUCUUGCAUCAUACCAAAGCUCUAACAACAACACAUUCGGCACAAACACUUUGAAAAUCUUUGUCAAGUACAAUAUGAAAGGAUGUUACAGCAGGUUUGUCCAGGGCAAAAAUUAAGCCUGGUGAAUUUGAAAAACUAUAAAAUGAAAAUUCCUUGUCAAUUGCCUGCAAGAAAUGUGCAUAUAAUUUUCUAUAGAUAUAUAUGGUUUAUAGUAUAUUUGUAUAUGCUAUAACAUAUAGAGUAUUUAUAUAGCAUAUAUAAAUACAGUAGACAUGAAAGGAUAUUCAGUUUUUGGUAAGUUCAGUGGGCAUCCAUGAAGGUUAUUGUGAAUUUACUAGUCCUUACUAUCAAUAUCAGUAUAUUUUAAAAGUCUCUCUUCGAUUCACCAGUUCAUCACAACUAGACUACUCCCGUUCUCUGCUUUGAAAUGGGUUGAUGCCACUGAAAUCCUCACAAAAGCAUUGCCUGGGAGUGGGGCUCUAAGCAGUACUAUCAGAAUGUCUCCGCGUGAGCAUUCAGACUAGACUCUUCUGUACUUUAUGGAUGUAUUUCCUUUUGCCUCUAUAAGAUUUGUAUCUUGAUAGUAAGAGCUUCCUGCUGGAGAUGAUGCCACUGGGCUGUAUAUGGCUGUUCUGGUUUCUAGCAAGGAAAAAUGUUUCCCAAGGUUUUUGUUUGUUUGUUCGUUUCCCUCAAUAUGCAUUAAGUUAAAUCAGGGUAAUCUCUGACUGUACAUAUAGCUAUUUAAAGUAGUUAGCAAAGCUUCAAGAGUGACCUAAGGAAUGUUCAAGUAUUUAUUUGGUGGCCCAUAUUUACAGAAAGUUGUUUCUACUUCAUACUGCAUUUUCUUCUCAACUUCAACAAACAGUAACAGAUUUAAGUUGAAUACUAAAUUGUGUUGAAUGUAUGUAGUAUUUUCUUCCUUCUGUUAGAAAGAACUUCCAGCAGCUCAGCCAGCUGGUGCUGGGAUAGAUUGUGUAUUUUUAACCUGGUCUAACUUCCGAAUAUUUAAAAUAUUGCUAAUGUAAUUUCGCUGAGGCUUCCAAAGGAGUCUUAUUAUAUGGCAGAGAUUUGCUGUCUCAAUAAAGGAGAAGAUAAUUACAGAGCAAACAAUUUUCUAAGUGUGAGCUUUCCUCUUCACUGGUCUUUGAGUCUUGUGCUACAUGUUCUAUAGAUUGACUUACUAUAAAGCAUCUUAUUUAAACAGCAUUUUAUUCUUUGGCAAGCUGCUUUGCCUUAUUAUGGCAUCAUUAAUGAUGUGAAAAGUAAAGAAACUAAGUUUCAGAAAUGGAUUAGUCAUUUUGCAGAACUCAAGCUGCCUAAACCUGUAGAUAAGUUUUUACUAUAGCUCUUGAGCUCUUGAUAAUCGACAAAGAAGCACCUUAAGCUCAUCUUAAUUGAAACUGUGUGAAGCUAUGUGGUUAAGCUGUCCUUUUAACUGCCAUGAAAAUGCAUUAACCUAAAACAACACGUGGGGUUUUUUAACAGACCUGACCACAGAGAACAGUCCCUUAGGGCUAUUUAACGCGUUUUGCUCUGUUAUCGCAGUCCAAGAUCCCUCGUUCCUCCGAGAGGUCGCCAGCACUGAGCACCAGGACGAGCUCUUGGCAGGAAGUCAGCGGCCCCAGGUUCGAUCCAGUCUUUCUAAAAAGUUCCCCAUCCCACAGGGCUUGGGCCUUGCACCAAGCUUUCAUGCCUGAUGCCAGGUCAGGCCCACCUCAGCGCACCCACUCUACGUACAGAUAGUUGCUCUCUUAGAUCAGUAUUUAAGCAGGCCUCAAACUUCCAGACUUAACACACACCCUCAGAUCAUCUUCAGGCUUGUCGCCUUUCUCUCUGCUGGACCAGCUUGUUUCGGGGAGCGGAGCUGCAGUGAUUCUCCAAGCAGCAGUGUCCUGCCUGUGGACAUGGCUGGUCAUUGCAGAUGGGUCUCCUAAAGGGUCAAUAUUCGUAGUAUAAAAAGCCACGUACCAACCUUUGUUUUUACUUCAAAAGCCUCUCUAACUUAGCUGAGUAGACCACUGUGUUCACCCAGAAAAAGCUAUGUAUUUGUAACAGUUCAGUGCUGUAAUUCCUUGUAGUGAAGGGAACUCUGAAAGCAAUGCUAUCAUCUAUUUAGCUAAGACAAAAAGCAGCCGCUUUCGAGGGGAGCCAUGAGCUAGAAGCGUUUGGGGUUUUUAUUCUUUUGUUGUUGUUGUCUUAAUUUGGUAGCGAGACAUGCUUCAGAAAUACCUACAUGUAAUUAAUUCUGUAUAUGCUGAACACUGUCAGAGACUGGGAGAGUAUUUGAAUCUCAGUCACACACAGAGUACUAAAAGGAUAGCCAUAUAUAAUAUACUGCAAAUUGUGGGGUGGCAAUGAAUGUUCCUUUUUUCCGUUCCAGCUAGCAUGAACAAUACAUUUAUUAGUGGGAUUUUAUCAUCAGUCACACAUCUGGGCUGUUCGUGUACGUAGGCCCACCACUUGGAAUAGGACAGGAGUGUCACAGAAGAUGCUUGGAAAGGUGAAGUGCCCUAUUAAAUCAUUUUAAAUGACCUUUAAGUCAGGACACUGUAUAAGAACAGGUGCCUUUCCCCAAACAGUCCUCUCUAAUGGUGUCAUGAUACUACCCAUUCAUUAGCUGGGUUUGUAGUGCAUGAGGAGAAAAGCCAUUUAACUUUCUGGCCUUUGUUAAAAAGGGAGCAAUUUGAGUAAACCCUUUCAAUAUAACACCGCUUGGAAGUUCUAGAUGUCGGCUCCUUUCUCAGAGUCAAACAGCACCAGUGCAUCAUUGCUUCAGGCUCAUCAGGCUAGUGAACACUUGUACAUGUUGCUUGGUUCAGGUGUUGCAAUGAAACAAAGUUCAUGAUGGUUAAGCAACGCAAAUUUUACAGGAGAUCCUCUUAAUUUGAAGAGCAAACCUGUCGUAGAUAGCCUGUUGUCUCAGCAGUCUGUUUUAAUAGCUACCGCAUGAGGCAGGAUAGAUUAGGUUUGAAGUUUACUUGCUCCAAGUUGUGCUCGGAUGCUUAUUUGUUACCAGGAAUAUCAUUGCAUACAGUCAACUGUUCGGAGCAAAAGAUGACUUUUUUGCCAAACCAAGUGGAAGAUGCACAUGAAGUGAGAGGAUGAGCCCUCCAUUCUUUAAUGCUGUUGUUUGAGCCAGUCAGAUUGCUUCUCAGGCUCUUCUAGAAUAUAACCCAAAAUAUGUCGCCAGGUAAAUGUGUCUCUUAAAACAUGGCUCAAGGGUCUGAACUUGGAAUUUACGACUAAGGCUAAGAGUGACUCUACACAUCUCUUGUCUUCUCUACCAGUCAAUCUACCUCCUCUCUCUCGCAGAAUGUGGUCGAGGUUUGGUUUGUUUGUUCCGAGUUUAUUACUGACUCCAAAUUUUGAACAGAUGUAUAAAAAGAUUCUUCCUCUAGGUACUGUUAGCAACCAAGUAAUAAAAUUUUGAUGGGCCUUCAUCUGGUACACUUCUAAAACCUCCAAGCCAUCUUAGCUCUCCUUCUAGAAUCCUAACGCCAUCCUUUGCACUGCUUUGCAGUCUUCCCUUGCUCUUCCCCCUGUGGUUCUCGAAUAUUGCAGUUGCCUUGUUCUUUGUUCUUUCUCUAGUGCAGAUUAUCAGGGAGUUAGAGGCCUUAUCUACUACUCCACCCUGUUUGCUGUUUUAUUCAAACAGCUAUCCUUAGACUUGCUCAGGAGUUUCUUCAUUUUUAUUUUUCAUUUCAUCUGGGUGAGAUACCGUACCUCAUCGUGCCCCCACCAAAACACACAGCCUGCCCGGCUUUCUGUUCCACCAGGUCUCUGUUUUACAGGGCAUUGCUUCUCUGGGUCCACUGCGAGAAAUGCAAGGUGGCAUCUUAACUGUACAGGCGUAUAAAUGCUUCGUGGAGUAACUGCUUCCGUAGAGCUUUCCAUUAGCAAAGUUAAAGCAUGUUCAUAGCGCAAGAUGGAAGAUGUUAUUCAAGUUUCCUAUAGCAUAUGAACCUCUUGGUGUAAACUCUUGACUUGUAAAUCCAAUGGCAGAGCUUUUAACUGUUUAGUGAGGCGAAACUCUAGGUGUAGCUAACUGUCUCAGCUUUCCUUUUCUCGUUACUUUUUUUUUUUUUUUUUUUUUUUUUUGGCUAGUGCACAUCUUAGACUCAUACUACUGAAGGAUAUGUGUAAUCUAAAGGAGUGACAUCUAUAUGCAUUUGGUUUAUAUGGAACAAUAAGCUAAAAUUUUCCAUGAAACCAUAAUUUGUUGGAAAUUCUAUGCAGGCAUUUUUCAAUCUGGUUAAUCUGUCAAGGACUUCCAGGACUGCUUAGAUCUCCACUGUGAAAAUCUUGAACUCUGAACUUAUUUAAUUGGGGAGAAAGAAGGAAGAACUAGGUUAAGAAAAAAAAAAUAGGAUCUUUUUUUCACAAAAAAAUGGGAUCUUUUUUCACAAUCUGCCAAUACAGACUAUUCGAACAAUACCAGACUGGGGAGGUUGCUUUCAAAUAUUCCAAAUUCAUGGAUAAGGUUCCCCAAUGUUUUUAACAACUUAUUAGAAAUCUGAAGCGCACAAACUUUUAAAUCUAUCAUGCUUUCUGUUGUGGAAGGAACGUGGUGUGGUGUUAAUCCUUUUAAUCCUGGAAUACAAAUUGAUUUUAAAAUGUGUUGAAUAUUUAAGGAUGACUUCAUGCAAGUUAAUAAACCAUUUGUAAAGUGUUUGUAUACAACCCUUUGUAUCAUGUUGUUGGUACACCUUACCAAAUUUUUUUUGGGCAUGUAUUCCAUUCUUAACUUCUGUACAAUUUCUAUCGUUGCUGUAAAUAUUCUAAAAGAGAAAAAAAAAAAAUCCUGUGGUAACCUUAAUUAUCAGCAUGGAAAUGGUUAAUUUUUACUGAGCACAAUGUAUUUUUGAAUGGGCCUUCCAAAAUAUGUCUUUAAUAAAAAUGCAGAUUUUGCACUAGAA